AAAACGGAAGACAGAUAGUUCUUACCUGCAGAUUGUGUUGAUGUGUAUGUUUUGAACAUAUCGUUAUGGCGGGAAACUGUGUUUAAAAUAUUAUAUAUACUUGUUUAAAUAGAAAAUGCAGGUCGAAGCAAAAACAAAUAAGAACAGACACGGUAGCUUCGAGAAUAGUAAUUACUUUAUGUUAGUACAACCCAUUUCCUAAAAUGCCAGCAUCACAUUUGAUUCCGUUAUAAGUCUCGCGUAUAGUUAAGUAAGGAGAAAAAUAUUUACUUUCGGUUUCUUUCUUCGUCACGAUUUCUGGAAGCCACACUUUGUGUUGGAGAUGCAGUUUGUAAGAAAGCACAAUGCCUCCCAUCACAGAAGAUUGGAAGGGCCGUCUCGGCUGUCCUUUGCGGAUUUCCUCUUCACCUCUGAAGAAGAGAGUUUGUCGCAGAUAGUGAGCAGCACUAUUGAUGACACUAUGAUGGGAGAGGAUGACAGUACAGUUACUGAGCUCUUUGGAAGUCUACGAGGAAAUGUUGUAGGGCUGAGGUACUAUAAUGGUGUGGUUAACAAAAAUGAAAUGGUGGCACUUGUCAGAGAGCCUAAUAAUCCACAUGACAGCAAUGCCAUCCAAGUAAACAACAUUUAUGGAGAUAAAGUAGGACACAUUAAGAGAGAGCUGGCAGUGCCUUUGGCUUUCAUCAUGGACAACAAUCUUGCAAAAAUCGAAGGGAUUGUUCCCUUUGGUGUAACAAAUUCUUUUACAAUGCCUGUUAAUUUGCAGUUCUGGGGAAAGACUGAAAACAGAUCUGCUGUUAUUGAUAAGCUUAACAGACAUGGAUAUAAACUAGCACCAUCUUCCAAAUUACCUGCUUCUGCGAGUAAUUCCUAUUGGUCAUCAAUGGCAUUUUCUCCAGGAAAACCAAAACUCGCCGCAGUUCAAAUUACAAAUGAGCAGUUGAAAAAUGAAUUUGAUAAACUGUUUGAAAAUCUAACUGAAGACAAAGCUAAGGAAAUGGAACCAGCAGACGCCAUUGGUACACCUUUACUCCCUCACCAAAAGCAGGCCCUGGCAUGGAUGGUGACUCAAGAAAACAGCAACGAUUUGCCACCAUUUUGGGAGCAGAAAAACAAUAUGUACUAUAACCUCCUUACAAACUUUGCUGUCCGAGAUAAACCAACUCAAGUACCUGGAGGGCUUUUAAGUGAUGAAAUGGGUUUGGGUAAAACACUUUCAACCAUUGCCGUCAUUGUUACCAAUUUUCAUAAUGGAAAGCCUCUUCCUGUUAAGAUCAAAAAGGAACAUUUGAAAAAAGACAAAAGUCCUGAUUGGGCAGCACCCCCUGGUCUACGACUUGAAAAGGAUAAGUCAAAAAAUGUGAAAGUGAGAAGUGAAGGUGAUAAAAUUAAAUUAAAGGCUGCCAAAGCUGGCUCACACUCUAAGAGGGAGAAAAGCAUGGUUUACAUCACUGACUCUGAGGAUGAUGGUGACGAUGAGUGCCCUACAAAGAAAAUGAAAUCUAAAGUAAAGACUGGAAAAUCUGAACAGUGUUCCAAAACAGGAAGUUUCUCUCAGCUUAUGGAUGACAGUGAAUUUGCCACUGCGCUUCAAGGAACCUCAUCUGCACUCACAGCAAAAAGAAUAAGCAAGACAAAAGGAGGUGGAAAUUCUAUAAAACCAUCUUUAAAACACAAUGACAUAGACAUAAAUACAAGAGCAACUCUAAUUAUUUGUCCUUUAUCUGUGAUUUCUAACUGGCUUGACCAGUUUGAGCAGCAUAUACGUCCAGAGGUAAACCUGAAUGUGUAUGUUUACCAUGGUAGUGAAAGAAAAAGAGACCCAGCAUUCCUGUCUAAACAAGACGUGGUGUUGACAACGUAUAAUGUUAUUACAGUUGAUUUUACUAGUGGAAAUGCAAGUCCGCUGCAUCAAGUUAACUGGCUUAGAGUAGUACUGGAUGAGGGGCAUGUCAUUCGAAACCCAGGUGCAUUUCAGACAAAAGCUGUAUUGGAGCUGAAAGCCAUUAGACGAUGGAUUUUAACAGGUACUCCAAUUCAAAACUCUUUAAAAGAUAUCUGGCCUUUAGUUUGUUUUCUCAAACUGAAGCCAUUCGAGGUGAAGGAGUGGUGGAACAGAACCAUUCAACGUCCAGUUAUGCUGGGGGAUCAAGAAGGUCUCAGACGAUUGCAGGCUUUACUUAAAAGUAUAACAUUAAGAAGGACUAAAUCAACAAAAAUUAAAGGCUGUCCAGUGGUGGACUUACCAGAACGUAAGGUGUUUGUCCAACAUGUUGUAUUGUCUGAGGAGGAAAAACAGAUCUAUGAAUCCAUCAAGAAUGAAAGCAGAACUGUCAUUGGCAGAUACUUUAAUGAAGGGACUGUUUUGACAAACUAUGCUGAUGUUUUAGUCAUUUUGCUACGUCUCCGUCAAUUAUGUUGCCAUCCUCUGUUGCUUGGCAGCUCGACUAAUACAAACGUUUCCACAGGAGAUGCCACACCCUUGGAGCUUCGUGACUCUUUAAUUAAUAAAAUGAACCUAGUUUUGAGUUCUGGCUCUGACGAAGAAUGUGCAAUUUGCCUGGAUUCCCUAAGGCUGCCUGUUAUUACUUACUGUGCACAUGUCUACUGCAAGCUUUGUAUUUGCCAAGUCAUACGAACAGAAAAGAAUGCAAAGUGUCCUCUUUGUCGGGCAGACAUCAACAUUAAUGAGAUUGUUGAAUUUCCUGAAGAAAAGAGUGAAGCAGAGUCCGAAAUCAAGAGCAAGUGGCUUCCCAGUUCCAAGGUUGAUGCACUCAUGCAUGAACUUCUGAAACUGCGAAAUGAAGACCCUGGGGUGAAGAGUCUGGUGGUGUCUCAGUUUACUGCAUUUCUGUCACUAAUUGAAAUUCCACUAAGGAAUGCUGGAUUUAUAUUUACACGCUUUGAUGGAUCAUUAAGCCAGUCAAAAAGAACCACAGCAAUAAAGUCGUUUCAGAGCAGCCAUCCCGGAUCACCAACUGUCAUGCUGCUGUCACUGAAGGCAGGCGGAGUUGGGUUGAACUUGACAGCCGCCUCAAGAGUUUUCCUGAUGGAUCCUGCUUGGAAUCCUGCUGCAGAAGACCAGUGUUUUGACAGGUGCCACCGGCUGGGCCAAAUGAAAGAAGUCAUUAUUACAAAGUUCAUAGUGAAAGACACAGUUGAAGAAAAUAUGAUGAAAAUGCAGGAAAAAAAACGUGAUCUUGCAACAAGAGCACUUGCAAACAAAACUAGUCAGGGCAGACAAGCAAGAAUUGAAGAAAUCAAGACCCUCAUGGAUUUGUAAACAAGUAACCUUUAAUUUUU